UUUCAGCAGGUUUACUUUUGACGGCUUUGAUGUUUACACCUCUUUGCAUUAGCGGCGCGCUAAUGCUCAUUUUUGUCCACAUUACACCAGCUCUCUAUUCUCAAAGCCAGCAUUUUAUAGCCUCCUCUUCGUGGGGGAUUUCGUCUCUUUUUUUUUUGAGGUGGAGCUCAUUUCCACACGUCUCCAGCUUAUGCAGUCCUCUGCAUCCUCAUCAUUUAUUCAUGUAUGCACAGCAGGACACAAUAAGACACCGGCUUUCCAUACUAAUGCAAACACCUGUUGCUCGAAGCCCGUUCAGCGGUCUGUAACCUUCAAGAGCAGCUCUUUCAGGCUUAUGUUCGGGAUAUUUUAUAUAGCAUUAUUACUUUAUGUGAAGUGUCUGCGCUGGUCAAAUCUCUCUCUCUCUUAGUUUAAGUCCUCUCCGCUAAACAAAAUGGAUCCAGGCCCCCUCUAAUCCAAGCCCUGUCAAAGAUCAGCGUGCCCUCUGGGUGGGCCGGUGUGGCGCUGUAGCGGUGGCAGACAAUCGGAGCCUUCAGUCAUGCUGUCAGGAGUGCAGCCGUGCUUCCAGCUGCUCCGGAUCGGGGCGUCCACGGGCGACUCGGCGCGGGACCUGUACACCUUCAGGCCGGCGCUGAGCCACUCGGUGUUCCGCCUGGGCCGGGCGGCGGAGCUGUGCGACGUCACGCUGGACUCCGCGUCCGUGUCUCGCAUCCACGCCGAGCUGCUGGCGGAGAGGGAGGCGGGCGGCGGCGGCGACUCGGCGCAGCACGAGGAGGGCUGGAGGGUUCGCAUCAAGGACAGGAGCAGUCACGGCACCUGGGUGAACGAGGUCCGCCUGCAGCCCGGCAGCCUGUGCGAGCUGUCGGACGGAGACACGCUGACCUUCGGUGGCCAGUCGGAGUUCUACUUCCUCUUCCAGAAGGUCAAAGUUCGCCCUCUGGACUUCGACGCCAUCACAAUCCCCAAGGCGGGAACCUUUUCUUCGGACCUGCAGAACCGCAUCCGGACCAAUCCGGACCGGAAGGCGGCGCCCAGCCUGGACCUGUCCAAGCUGUCCCUCAACCGGGCCACGGUCAUCCUCAACUCCAUCGGCAGCCUGAGCAAAAUGCAGGGCAGCGCCUGGACCUUCAAGAGGAGCCACAGCCAGGAGGGGGCCGUGUCCGACCCCGGGACCUCCUCCUCCUCCUCGCCCCCCCUGGCCGUGGGCCUCUCCUCCCUGCUGCCUCCCUCCACGCCUCCCUCGCUCUCCUCCGCGGCCUCGCUGCCCUCCGCCAAGUCGCUGCCGCCGGCCUCCAGGAGCCGGAGGAAGUCGGCCCACACGGUGCUGCUGGAGGACGACAGCUCCGACGAGCCCCGCAACCGAGGAGGAGUCGUGGAGGACGGCCAGCGAUCGAGGGGGAAGAAGAGGCGGCGGCUCUACAAGUCCGAGUCGGACGGCCUCCACCCUGCCCCUCCUCCUCCGCCUCCUCCGACGCAGGCCCGGAGCCACGCCGACAUCCGGAGGCCGCUGGAGGCCAAGCCCUUCCCCGUGGGCAUCCGCACCAUCGGCAGCUUCCACGGCGCCAUGACCAACAGCCCGCUGGCCCAGCACCACGUCCUGCAGGCGUCCUACGCCGGCGUGGCGCUGCACCAGAAACACCCGGCCAAGGCCGUGGUGCACGGCAACAUCAAGGCCUUCCGCCAGCAGAAGGCGGCGCACGGCGCCCCGGCCGCGCUCAGAGGCAGGCGCAGGGCCAACAGCGCCCCGGUCUUCUCCCCCCUGGUGGUGGGAGGAGAGAACUACAACCUGGCCUCGCCGUCGGUGAGGAUCCACACGGGCGACCGGAGCAGAGUGCAGUUCAACAGAUAUCAUCCCACCAGUAAGCGCCGCGGCCGGCCCAGGAAGCACCCCCUCCCCCCUCGCCCCUCGCUGCCCUCGCCGUCCUCCUCGUCUUCCUCCUCCACCUCCUCGGCCUCCUCGUCCUCCGGCUCCUCGUCUUCCUCCUCCGAGGACGACGAUGAAGACGACGACGAGGAGGAGGAGACGGCGGCGGCGGCGGCGGCGGCGGGGGGGUCGGUGGAGCCCUGCGCGGCCCCCCGCUGCCGCCUGCCCCAGCAGGACACGGUGCAGUGGAUCCAGUGCGACGUGUGCGACGCCUGGUACCACAUCGACUGCCUGCACGUGGACCGCAAGAAGCUCCUGAAGGACCCCAACGCCGACUUCCACUGCGGCUGCCGCUAAAGCUCCUCCACUCAUUAGAGAGGAAAUCAGCAAAGCUUUGGUUGGAGAUGUGCUCCUCUGUCAUCUAAUUGCCCCUGAGCUGCUUCACUCGAGCGUGGAGUGCUGCUUUUUUUUUUUUUUUUUUUUUUUUUUGUUCACCUCUGAAGUACAGAAUAUAAAUUUCUUGGAUUUCUUUCCAUCCCGAGCCCUCCAAGUAUGAGGAUUUGUGACCCAGCAGUGCAAAGCUACUCGAUAAACCUCUGCCCCCCCCCCCCCCCCCCCCUCGCUCUCGGCUCCGCUUUGGGAGAAAAGAGGCGAAACCGUAAUGAAAUGUCUCCGCUCGGAUUUCACUCCGGCUCCGAGUGCCUGGAGAGCCGCAAUCAGCCGCAUUCAGGAUGAUUAAUGAAAUGUUUCCGAUCAGCCGCUCUUUGUUGGGAGUCUGCUCUCGCAGAUAGAACUUUCGCUGAUGUCUUUUUGCUCCCGCCGUCACACUUUGACUUCCCCGUCCGGAGGCCGGGGGGCUUCGCCGGACCGCUGCCGCUGCUGCUGUGGAUCUUUGAGGCUCAGCAGCAGCCAUGUGGAGAAGCUUCAGGACCGUUGACUGUGCGUUUGCUGUUUCUGGGAUGUGGUUCGCCAAGACUCCUUGAACGGCCAAACGUCAUGAAAUGCUGUCCGCCGAUGAAACCCGGACAGGAAAAGGAUCUUUUUAAACACUCUGCCGAUCCCAGCUAGACCCGAGCCGUUCGCUCCUGAUGGACAGCGGCGAUCAGGAAGCCACAGUUUCCACAUUUCUUCUGUUUAACCCCACAUGUAUUCCUGGGUUAGCUCAUCAGCGCUUCGUGUUGAAAGCUUUUGGGGUGUGUGGAGGCUCUGCUGCAGCUGGAACACCGUCGGGAGGCAGAAAUAGUUAUAUAUUUUAAAGUUCCUCGAGCAAUAAAAUGGGAAAAAAAAAAUGAAAUGCAUAUAAAUGUAUAUAUGAGAACGUGUUUAUGAGCAAUAGUUUUAAAGGCAGCGUGACAGAAGUGUGGUCUGAUGAGUUUUCAGCCCCACUGAGAGUUUAUGGGCGUGAAUCUGCUUCUGGUGCGGCUGUCCGAACACGCUGCGCGGCCAGAGCAGGAAAUGAGGGCGGAACACGGCCCUGGGUCGUUGCUUCAUUAAUUUCUGGGAUUCUAAUGAAAUGGUUUCCUCUCUAACUGAUCUAACCUCACUUAAAGUAACUUCAAAACAUUGUAAACGUCAGUGUUUAACAGCAUAUCAAAAGGAAAAGGUGAGGCGGCCCCACUGACGUUACUGAGCCGGUUUCAACAUUCAGAAGGUUUGGUUUUCUCUUUUGAUGUUCUGAAAAUGUCCAUGUUUGGAGUCUCAUCUUCCAGUAAAGCUCUGCAGUGUGUGUGUGUGUGUGUGUGUGUGUGUGUGAGACGGCUGUAGGUCACAGAAAUCCUCUCUUUUCCUGAAGCUUCCAGACUUGAGCUGCUUUAACCGGAGAAGGUGAACUGGGUGGAAACGCUAUGAAAAUCCAUGAAAGCUUCUCAACAACAAAUGUGAUAUUUAACUGUCCAGUUCAUUCACUAAGCUACCUGUGUGGAACAACCAUUAAUGGAAAAGUUUUGGUCAUUUUAAAUGUAAGAAAGCCAAUAUUGUGACUUAGUGUAACAGAAUAUUUGAACCUUUGUCGUGAUCUUCAUGUAAAAGUCACUUCAUGAAGGAGACGCAUUUAAAAAUAUCUUUACAGAAAGUGAAAGGUUCAAACAUAAUUCCAGUAACUUAAAAAAGCACUGCUUUUAUUAAAAAUAAACCAUUUCUUGGAGAUUUUGUGCUGUUCAAGACGAACGGGCACAGUGGAUUCGGUCAUAUUCAUUGAGAAGUUGUGAACUGUCUGAGACGUUGCUUGACUACGUUCAGAGUGACCAGAUCGGUUCUGUGACUGGUUGUUAUGAGGUGGAUCAGACUUUAACACUGACCUGGAAACAUGUGAAAUGAGUGCGUCUCCGUCUUUCUCCUGACCGGGACCCUUCUCUGGAGUCGGAGGACAUUAACCUGUAAUGUUUCCGUAAAAGGAAGUGAUAUUUGCAGUCCAGCGGCGGAGCAGCACCGAGGCGUUUAAGAGCUCGUCACACCGUUUCUGCCACACUUCAAACACUUCCUGCUUCACCUUUCACCGGAGGAUUAAGGCUCGUUUGGAUCAUCUCACUCGCUCCAGGAUGAGUGUUUUUACUGAGUUCACCCGUCAUCAGAAUCAGAAUCUGAAGGAAUUGUUGAGUGAAUCUUUCUGUACC